AAGACAAAACUGUACCCGACUCAGAACCAAAGAGCCACGGAUUGCGUUCACAACUUCUCACACCAGCCAAGCCAAAAACUCGGACGAGACUCAGACGGGACACUUGCAGCAGCUUAAAGCACCAUGACGCAGAGUAACGGGGAGAGCGCUCAGAGGAGUCGGGCCGGUCUGCAGCAGGUCCGAGCUCGGAUCCAGGCCCGGUCUGCGAGGGCCCAGCAGAGGAUCCGCUCCAUCACCAGAGAAGAUGUCAAACGAUGCUUCAUCAAGAACGCCUUUGUCAUCUUCACCGUGGCUGCAGUCGUGAUCGGUAUAAUCCUGGGCUUCGCGAUGCGUCAGUACCACCUGUCCUACAGAGAGGUCAAGUUCUUCUCUUUCCCCGGAGAGCUGCUCAUGAGGAUGCUGCAGAUGCUGGUGCUGCCCCUGUUGGUCUCCAGUCUCAUUACAGGUAUGGCCGCUCUGGACAGCCGUGCGUCGGGGAAAAUGGGGAUGAGGGCCGUGAUCUAUUACACCUCCACCACCGUCAUCGCUGUCUUCAUCGGGAUCGUGAUGGUUCUGAUCAUUCACCCCGGAAAAGGAUCCAAAGACGAGUUCACCACACAGCAGAAGGUGGAGCAGGUCAGCCCGGCCGACGCCUUCCUCGACCUCAUCAGAAACAUGUUUCCACCAAAUAUUGUUGAAGCUUGCACCAAACAGUACAAGACGCAGUACGCCAAGCGGGUGAUCCAUGUGCAGAUGACUGUGAACGACACGAUCUUCUUUGAGAAUGGGACCCAGGAGAUUUUGCGCGAGGAGAUGAUCCCCGUGCCUGGGUCUGUGAACGGCAUAAACGCGCUGGGCCUGGUGGUGUUUUCCAUGUGCUUUGGUCUGAUCAUCGGGAGCAUGAGGGAGCAGGGGCAGCCGCUCAGGGACUUCUUCGACUGUCUCAACGAGGCCAUCAUGAGGCUGGUCGCGAUCAUUAUGUGGUACGGAUGUAUUGGCAUCCUCUUCCUCAUCGCGGGUAAGAUCAUGGAGAUGGACGACAUCAGUGCCAUGGGCGGGCAGCUGGGCAUGUACACGGUGACGGUGAUCAGCGGCCUCUUGGUGCACGCCAUCUUGGUCUUGCCCACUCUCUACUUUGUGGUCACCAGGAAAAACCCCUUCAUCUUCAUCGGGGGGCUGCUGCAGGCGCUCAUCACCGCUCUGGGGACUUCUUCAAGUUCUGCCACGUUGCCCAUUACCUUUAAAUGCCUGGAGGAAAACAACAACGUGGACAAGCGUGUGACCCGGUUUGUACUUCCCGUCGGUGCCACCAUAAACAUGGACGGCACCGCACUCUACGAAGCUCUGGCAGCCAUCUUUAUCGCCCAGGUCAACAACAUGGACCUGAACUUCGGACAGAUUCUCACCAUAAGCAUCACAGCGACGGCGGCGAGCAUCGGUGCAGCUGGGAUCCCUCAGGCCGGACUGGUUACCAUGGUGAUAGUGCUAACAUCUGUCGGCCUGCCCACGGAUGACAUCACCCUCAUCAUCGCAGUCGAUUGGUUCCUGGACCGAUUGCGUACUACCACAAAUGUGCUGGGAGACUCCAUUGGGGCCGGUAUCGUGGAACAUUUGUCUCGCCAUGAAUUGCAAAAGGCGGACCCAGAAGUCGGAAAUUGUGUGCUGGAAGAAACUGACAAGAAACCGUACCAACUCAUCACCCAGGAAAAUGACUUAGACAACAACAAGAUUCCAAACAGCGAGACCAAGAUGUAGAGGAAAAAAGACAUUUCUUGUAUUCCUAGGAGCACUGUUGCACUGUAAUGAACCGUGUUUUCAGUAGGUUGCGUUCACGUACUGGAAUUUCAGAUGGAGAGCAGGGGUCUUGAUAACUCUAUGGGAGAUUUGCUGUUUUUGAAAGAAAUAUCCAAACUUCUAUCCAAAUGAAUCUCUUUGAAGUAAUAUCCAAUUAUUAUAUUUGUUUGGGAUUGGCUCCGCGAACUUGCCAUAUCGAUCUGAUCACCUUUUAACUGACGACAACGUCUUUGGUAGUGAAUAAUAGCACCACUUUGUGAAACUACUGUGGAAAAAAUUAUAAAUUAACAGAGAAGACAUUGAACUUUGUGGCAGUUUUAGUUUCAUGCCAUUCAUGCAUGUUUGAGUAAUUUAGCGAUCUCUUCCGGGCCCUAUUCGAACCCUCGUUACGUUCAAUGCUCAGCCCACAAGUCUACGUCAUUCCCACGUGACAGUUCUCCAUAAUUAUACAAAAUAAUUACACAGAACUAUACACAGUGUUGGGAAGGUGACUUUUAAAAUGUAUUCCCCUACAGAUUACAGAUUACAUACCCCAAAAUGUAGUUUGUAACGUAAUCCAUUAAAUUACUCAAAGUGAGUAACGUAAUCUGAAUACUUUGGAUUACUUGAUUUGCUGGAGAGAAGCAAAGACGAGGAAAUCAUAACAUAAGAUGUUUUCUCUGCUAAAAGAAAAUAAAAAGCCCAGACUUUACUGAACCAAAUUAAACAUAUUAUUAUAUAUAUAGAAGAGGAUGAGAUGUGGUCCACACAGCAUGGUUUAGUCCUGUUAAAUCCUGUUUGAGACAUAGUUUAGAAAUGGUUUUAGUCCUGGUUUAGUCCUGGUUUAGAUCUGGUUUAGUCUUGGUUUAUAUCUGGUUUUAGACCUCGUUUGGUCCUGGUUUAGACCUGGUUUUAGUCCUGGUUUAGACGUUGUUUAGACCUGGUUUUAGACCUGGUUUUAGACCUGGUUUUAGACCUGGUUUCGACCUGGGUUUGAACCUGGGUUUCGACCUGGUGUUAGACCUGGUGUUAGACCUGGUUUGGACCUGGGUUUAGACCUGGGUUUAGACCUGGGUUUAGA